UUCUUGAGGAAGAAAUGUUAUCAAAAUGUCGUAGUUGGUCAGCCUUUUCACCUAGAUGGUAUUAAUAGUAUGCUUUGCCCUUCUUCCCCUAUCAGUAAUAGAGAUUUAAGUAAGCCCAACUGUUACUACUGAGGGUACAAAUCCUAAUCACAAUUUGAAAGACGCCACGAAUUACGAAAGUUUAUGUUCAAUUUGUUCAAUUUAAACAAUGCUCGAAAAUAGACACAGGGUGAUUAGCGAUGAUAGAAAUGUGCAAGUGCUUUCAACAAAAUAGAAACUUUAGGAGGGUUGAUUUGACCUACAUGAGCCAGAAAAAAAAAGAAUAAAUCAAUGAAUUAAAUUUGAUAGUGCAUAAUAUUUUACAUCCGAUCGACACAAUUUAGACUAUCAAAGAGACCGGUUGCUUCGAUCCUGCCUGUGAAGGUCAACUGGCGCUGCAAGGGAUACAACUCCCCAGCUGACAGACGGACAUACACGAUAAAGAAAAAUCCCUCCCUUCACGGAACCGAGCUCACGUCAUCUGCAUGCAACAGCAAAACGCAAAACCGCUGCAGCGCAGACGACUUGCCAAAUUAGCAUUAGAAUACACUAGUUGUUGUUUUUAUUGUUUUUCACUCGAUCGAACUAACAAAGGGGCCAGGCCUGAGAACAAUAGGCUGACGAUGACAUAUUUUAUAUUUAGGGCGGUUCUGUGACUACCAGACAAAAGGACAAUAAACAGAAAAAAAUGUGCAAAAGCUAUGUAAAUGACUGAAUUUAUGGAAUAAUGUCGACCUUACAUUUUUUCCUCGCUGAUGAAAACAAUUACCUUGCCAAAUACUGAAGCAUUUAUAACAUUCACUGAACCAAGACCACCUGUUUGAAUUUCAAGAAUGACGUCCGGUUCUUUGUCUAGUUGAAGUUAGACGCAAAAUGAACCCAACAGGUGCCAGUUUCAGUGAAUGCUCGAUCGUCAAUCAUUCUUAUUCCUCCCACGGUCCUCCUGUCACUUGGCGCCACUCGGCAUAUAUGUAAGCUCACGUACAUGCUGUUGCUCUUCUAGUGACAAGGUGUCUGAUUGGGAAGUAGUUUGAUACAGUGAGUGAAUUUCGGUUACUAUUCGGAUGGUUGGAGGGAGUUACUGUAACAAUUUGGACCAAUAGUCUUCGGUGACCACGCGAUGAGACACAUGACAUAGAGCCAAGGUUGGUGUUUAGAGGCGAAACUCAAGGAACACACAACAUGUCAGAAUUAUUGAAAUGGGCUUGAAACUCCAAAUCGAACGCAAACAACAUGGCAACAAAAUUCCUAAAGAAAACGACCCGGCGACGGCCCAUGGACCCGGCGCGGUCAUCGGCUUCAUCCUCUUUGGAUGGCUCGAGCGAAGUGGGCAAGGCCGAGAUGAAACGAUGUCUGACAACGCUGGACCUGGUGUCGAUAGGCGUGGGCAGCUGCUGUGGGACGGGCAUGUACCUCACCGCAGGGAUCAUCACCGUGGAGAAGGCGGGGCCUGCAGGAAUCAUCUCUCUGCUCAUUGCUGGGAUUGGUUCCAUUUUGACAGGUAUCCACUACUCUGAUCUAGCCGGUCUGUGCCCAUAUACGUCGGGCUCUGUGUACAUGUACAGCUACAUCACCGUCGGUGAACUGUCCGCCUUUGUCAUUGGCUGGGGAGUCAUAGCGGAGUAUGUCAUCGGAGCUGCUGCCAACGCCGUUGCUCUGAGUAAGACAAUACAUUCUCUGGACCACGGUCAAUUUUCUGGCUUCCUGGAUUCAGCCAUAGAGGACUUGGGUCUGCCCCACAUUGACAUCCUGGCCAUGGUGGUGUGUCUGCUCCUCACCUGGGUGCUGGCGGCUGGAGUAGAGAUGUCCGCCCGAUUCAACAACGGCCUCAACAUGCUCAACUUCUUCGUCUGGACGCUCUUCCUCACCUCUUCCUUUUACUUAGGACAAUCAACAAAUGUGACGAAAGUGGACGGUUUUUUUCCAUUUGGCCUUCAGGGGGUGGUCCAGGCUAUCCCGACUGCUUACUUCGCCUUCGUGGGUUUUGACGGGCUCACGACUACUGGUGCAGAGUGCAAGGACCCCGUCAAGUCUGUGCCUUAUGCCAUCAUCAUGUCUAUUGCCAUCAACAUCGUCGUCUUCAUCAGUAUUGUAGUUGGUCUCUCGUGGGCUGAACCUUUCAAGUAUUUUUCACGAAUUUGUUCUGUGAGGCACACUGCAAUGAGAGCAACGGUCACUUCUGGUCUCGUGGCGACAUUCCUGGCAGGUUUUGUUGACCUUGGCCUACUUAUCGAACUGGUACUGAUAGGCACACUUUUGGGCUAUGUCAUCGUCAGUUUUGCUACUCUGGUCACUCGCUACAUUCCUAUACCGGAAGUAUUCACACAUGUCCCUCUCGACACAUGCGACGUAGAAGCUUCCCCAGGUCUCAAGAGGAAAGCUUCUGAUAACAAUCUGGAGUACCACGACCAUCAAUAUUAUUCUUAUGAUAAUAAUCAUAAAAACAUUCUGGAUGAUACUCCAGAUGCAAACGAAAAGUCCACAAAGGAUUCAAACGAGCUGUUAGAUGUUUCUGAGAGGCAUUUUGUGCCCCCAAGACUAGCCUCGUCAUCGUCUACUACAUUGAUACGGAGGCAAGAUAGCAACGAGACAUCAAACGGAUGUGUUGAUCCCAGUGACAAUAACAUGUACACAUCUCUUCUGUUGGGUGCCACGUCCCGGAGGUACCCGUGGACAGUUUGGAACAAUCUCCGGGAGAAACUGGGAAUUGGUUUCAACGCCCCAAUAUUAGAGAACGAGAGAAUGACGAUUCUGAUGUUGACAUACGUGGGGAUUUUUGUGCUGUGUGCAAUUCUGUCUUACUGCAGUGAGCCCCUGUUUCGUCUGGACAUAGCUGUCAGCAUUAUUUUCCUGACAGUUCUACUGGCCACAUUGAGUCUAAUGAUCGUCUUGAUGUGCCUGCAGAAAGUGAGAAGCCACCACGAGGGUUUCAAGGCGCCCUUUGUUCCUGUGAUUACCUUCAUCACGGCAGGCUGCAAUAUGUACAUGAUGACGUCACUCAGGAUCAUCACGUGGCUCUUAUUCUUAGCCUGGAUGCUCACUGGGCUUUGUAUUUAUUUCUUCUACGGAAUCAAACACAGCAGCUUGAACGAGACUGAACGGGAUCCCCUUUACUCACCCAUCGAAGAUGACGCUGAGGUGCCUGACGUCACGCCAUGUGUACCGGUCAGCGGAGAUGACGUCACUACAGGGGAUAAAGGUUCAAAUCAAGACUGAAAGGUCACGACACUAAGUUAGGAUCAGAUCCCAGGAACCGUACAGCUGGCUGUUAUAUUUAUUAUCUUCUCUAACUGUGAUUUUUAGAAUAAUAACGAGAAUCUUUCAGGUUAUUUUUUAUAAGAGGUAGCAGGGAAACUUUUGUUUGGUGAAGGUCUAGCUGAGGCCUCAUUGGGCGCACUGUUAGCUCAGUUUGUAUCGUGUUUGACAACGGAGCGGAAUGCCAUGGUUCGAAUCUCCUACAGAGCGUCAUGAACGUGGGUGGUUUCGGGGAGAUUUUAAGACUUUCCUCUCAUUUGUCUCGGUCCAAUCUGAGACAGAUGCUGAAUUUAGAGGCCUCGCCUCUUAGAACCUUUUUGUGCUGAAAUGGGCACUAAACCUAUCUAAUGACCAUAGGAUAUCUCCACUCAAUUAUUACUGGGGUCUCCGCUCGCUGUAGGGCUAAUGUUCAGUUAGACGUGCGCGAAACACGAUGUUAACUUAUUUAAAGAGAGACUCCAUCUGGACCUUUACCCAUUAGUCCUGCAGCAGAAUAAGCCAGGACAGAAAUGUUAUAAAAAGUGUUCAAAACAUUCACAAAAGCCAGAUCGCCGGUUAUUACUGCAACACUAUUUUAAUGUAGGUGUUUUAAUACCUUCAUCGACACAAUUUAGAUCAGUUUAGGAGGUGGGCUUCGACCCUUCUUUUCAGGGCCGACCUGGGCUUAAAGGGAUACAACGUUUCACCAGAAAGAUCGAGAUACUCGAUAAAAGUUUUAACAUAUACAGUAAUCAAACUCAAGUCUUCUACGUGAGAUAGCGAAGCGGUUCACCGCUACACCACAGACACCAGUAUCACAAUACCCAAAGACGCCCGUGUUGUUUGUAUCGAAUGUGGAUGUGUUACCGGUGCUGCUGCUGUGUUGUUGUUGUUGUUGUCACCGUCGUUUUUGUUGUCGUUUUACGGUUAUCACCACUAUUAUAUUUUAUUGUCGUCCAAAACGGUUAUGGUGCUCUUUCUAUAGCUUUCAUCAUAUAUUCCAUUUCAAAAACCCAUAUAAAUUUCUUUAGAAGAAGCAUCAAGCGUGAUUUUAAUUCUAAGCAUAACAUGAUUUUAAAGUUUACGAGCGUUAUGUUUUUAUCUAACCCAAGCUCUACAUUGUCACAGAGCCAAACUAGUCCCAGGCCACCCACGAUGGAAUGUGAUCAGAUCCCCCCUACCCCCACCCCCUCUUAUCCCCGGCCCCUGUCCCUUUUCUCGACACACACGUUUACUUGGCUUUACGUUGGCUUUUAUACCGUGAAAUGUCGCGAGAUGGUAGCGUCCUGGCUAACUGGAAAGCUUGCAAAAGGUAUUCCAAGGUGUCCGUUACUCCAUCAAUCCAUAUUUUCCUGGGUCCCCCUCUUGCAUUGUAGCUGGGCAUUCUUGUGUUGUGGUCAUUUAGGGCAAGUUGUUUGACAUGCGCUCGAGUUGAAUGCACUUUUUUAUUAGACGUAAUCCUACCGCUCUCCAGUUUCUCAUGUGUGCCUUUGAAGUGAGAUCUACGUCAUGUUCGACACAUAUGUGUCAUUUCGAAGGCUGGGCUCUUACCCCAAUUCUCAUAAGUUUGAGAAGACGAAAGAAAAAAGGAACGAAAGAAGGUAGGAAUAAAGCAUCCCUGAUAAAGUGAGUGCCAGAGCAUAAAUACUAAUGUGUGCCUUUCAUUGGUUAGACUGCGAGCAGUUGGUCUAUCCAUUGCCCCUUCCCCCUCAUCCCCGCCCACAACCCUGGCCAUCGGAAGCCCCCCCCCCCCCUUCCUUAUAAGCACCAACCUCAUAAUUAUCUAAUAAAGGUUAUCGGGUACGUGUAGUUCCAAACAUCAGACAUUGGCACAGCUCUUUCCACGGGAGGCUAAACUCGUAAAACAAUUCAAUUAAUGAUCCAUAAAAACUUAUACCAGGUGCGUCUCAUAAAUACGUUCCACUGCGUUAUAUCGCUCACAAAAUUUAAAAAAAAUAGUUAUCAAAUCGUGUUAGUGCUAUUCAGAAGAACAAAAUGACAUUGAAGUGAAUGGUAUUUCAGGUUACAGAAGAUAUUGUCUUGUGCAUAGAACAUACCAAUUAUCAUACAUACAUUGUAGUGUAUAGUGUGUGGAUUUAAAGCCCCUAUAUAUCAACAUUAUUAUUAGGUUAUUCAAGAGGCAAAUACAUUUUGCCCAUAUUUGUUACAACUAUAUGUAGAUAUUUGGUCUAGUUUGAGGGUUUUUUAAAAACCGAUAUAUUAAUUUUUUUAUCGUUAUCCCACCAGG